UUCCGAUUAUUAUUAUUAAACCCUAAAAUAAUAUUGAAGGCAAAUGCAGGAGCUUUCCGUAUCAGAUCAGAAGUUAAGAUAUUUCAUAAAAUUCAUCCAAAUUAACGGAGAAACGUUUGAAUAUUGAAACAGAUCUUGCUUAAGGUUGAGGUUGUUAACUGAUAGCAGAUGCCUAGAGAUAUGUCAAGAUUGCGAUCUCGCUCACCCUCUUAUAGGCGUAGACAAUCGCCAUCUCCUGUAAGGCAUAGAUACGGAAGGAGAAGCCGAAGGGAUAGAAGCCUAUCGCCAUAUUCAUCUUAUUCUCAUAGCAGGUGAUCCCGUUUAUAUUCAUUCUGUUUAUAUUAAUUUGUUAAUGUACGAGAUACCGUAAGGAAUUUUGUAAGAAAGGUUGGAACACUGGAAUUAUUCUUGCGGAUUGGAAUUACAAAUUCUUGAAGUUUAUGUGUAAGCAGCCUGUACUUAUUUGUAUAUCUUUUGGUGCUCUUUCGGAUUUACUGAAAGACUAUGUAGCUUGCUUUCUGUUUACAAUUAUGAUCAUAUUUUUUAGAAUCAGAUCCUAGACAAGAAUCUGGUAAUGAGUGGCAAUUAGAUUUUUGAAUGCGCUAAAUUUGGAGGUGCUGCUGCGGUUGAGGAUGUGGUGUUGGCUUUUUGUAUAACAGGGCUUUCAGUUUCAUUUACAUUGCAGUUAAACAUGUUUUGUUAUGCGCGUGGUGCUUUUCUGUACAGAUGGCUUCACUGCCUGACUUCCUUGAGUACAUUAUUAUAUAUUUAUGUUUAAUAAUCACCCUUCUGAUAAAGAAGUGUUGCUGAAUUAUUCCAAUAAAGUUUGAUGGUGUAUUAUUAAAUAUCUUCUAUGAAAUUAUCAAUGUCUUGGUGAGCAUUUGAUGUGUGAGGAACUUUCCUUUUGCUUGGGAAAAUGGAAAUAUCAAAUAUGCUAAAUACAAAUAGAUUUGGAGCAAAGUAUAGAGAAUUCUAUGACAGUGAUAGGAAGCAUGCUCUUCGUUAGAACAUUAAAGACAAAGUUCUUCCCAUCACUUGAGAUGGGUGCUGUGGGUUCCUUUCGUUGCUCGAAUGUAACAUUUUCUUCUUCAUGUCAUAAAUGACGGAGCUCAAUGCUUAUCUUAACAAUGUAUGAGAAGAAAGAGUCGUUCCAUUAGUCCACGGUGCAACAAAAGCCGUUCUCCCUCUGCAAGACGUCAUAAAAGUCGUUCUCCAACUCCAAAGCAUUAUAAGAGGCAAAGAAGUAGGAGUUCUUCAUUGUCUCCUACUCAUAAAUCAUCUAGCCCAAAUCUUGGGUCAAUAGACUGCAAAAAUGCUUGUGAGAAACUGAAAAAAGAAGAGGAAGAGAGGAAAAGGCGUCAACAAGAAGCAGAGUUGAAACUCAUAGAAGAAGAGACUGCUAAGAGAGUGGAAGAAGCAAUUCUGGAAAAGGUUGAAGAGAGAUUGAAUUCCGAGGAAAUCAAGCAGGAAAUUCAGAAGCGAUUAGAGGAGGGACGGAGAAGACUUAAUGAUGAAGUUGCAAUUCAACUUGAAAAAGAAAAGGAAGCUGCCCUUCUUGAGGCUAGGCAAAAAGAGGAGCAAGCUCGAAAAGAGAAAGAGGAGUUGGAAAAGAUGCUCGAAGAGAACCGGAAGAGGGUGGAAGAAGCUCAAAGAAGGGAAGCACUGGAACAGCAGCGAAGGGAGGAGGAACGGUAUCGAGAACUAGAGGAGCUUCAAAGACAAAAGGUGGAGGCAAUGAAAAGGAAGAAGCAACAGGAGGAGGAAGAACGUUUAAACCAGAUGAAAUUACUGGGAAAGAACAAACUGCGACCGAAGUUGUCUUUCGCACUCGGUUCAAAAUGAUAGAAUCCGAAAAGUUGUUACUCUACGUUGUAAUAGUUGUGUUGUCUGUCCAGUUUUGAAGUUGAAUUCUAUUACGGCUUGCUCAGGGUUCAGACUCGAAAGCUGGGGAUAGAUUCGCUAAGAGUGAAGCUCUUGACUGGUUAAGUUAGGGCUAGUUUAGUAUUGGUGCCCAAAAAAAAGUUUUAGGUUGAAAUAUAUUUUGAUUGUUAGCAUGUGGGCUGAAAAAAAUACUUAGUAAUGCUGUGAAAAAAUGUUUAUGAGAAUAAUAAAGUUAUCAUUAUUCCAAAA